AUGCCGCUGACAUUCUGCCCGAACUGCAGCAACGCGCUAACCAUCUCCAAGGCCCCCCCGACCUCACGCUACCCAUCGGGCGUCAACCGGUUCGAAUGCCGCACCUGCCCAUAUCAGUAUGCGCUGGACAGGACAUACUAUGAACGCACAGAGAUGAAACGCAAGGAAGUGGCCGACGUGAUGGGUGGGAAGGACGAGUGGAAGAACGCAGAUAACAUGGCCGCCCAAUGCCCCGCCGAGGGCUGUGAUGGUGAUCGUGCGUUCUUUUACCAGCUGCAGAUCAGAAGUGCCGACGAGCCCAUGACAACUUUCCUCAAGGUACCUUUCCUGGCUCUAUACAUCGUGACUCACGCUGACGAUAUGCAGUGCUCGGCUCACCACUGCCAGGCCGUGCAGACGGAACUUCUCCUGUCCCGCAUGCAAAUGCCACCAGCGCCAAGUCCUCACCCACCAGGGUCCAAGGACACCAAGGACACCACCAAGUACAUAAUCAAGUACAUCAAGUACACCAAGUACACGUAA